GCCCAGGCGAAGACUCACAUCGGAAGAGCGAGAGGGCGUUAACAGCAUCCAUGCCGACUCAAACCAUAUAGAAAACAAAACGACAGAGUUACAAACCCAGAGAAAGAGAAGGAUUAAAGAGAGAGAAGAGGGAAAACAAAUGAGAGGAAGCAGAAACAGAGGGGUAUUUGGUGUAGGUGUAUGCGGUCAAGAAGAGCUUGAGUUGUCCAGAGAUGGAAGCCAAUACAGUCUUUCUGCGAACAUAUUACCUUCUCUCGGCGCUCGAAGCAACCGUCGAGUCAUCCUUCGUCCUUUCAUUAUCUCCCCUUAUGACCGACUUUACAGGAUAUGGCAGACUUUUUUGGUGAUUCUUGUUGUAUACACAGCAUGGGUAUCGCCAUUUGAGUUUGGAUUCCUCGAGAAACCUGUAGCACCACUUGCCAUUACAGACAACGUUGUCAACGGAUUCUUCGCAAUCGACAUAAUUCUCACCUUCUUCGUUGCUUAUAUCGACAAAGCUACCUACUUAUUCGUGGAUAGCCCCAAGAGAAUCGCUUGGAAAUACGUAAGUUCUUGGUUUGUCUUCGAUGUCAUCUCCACCAUCCCUUCAGAACUCGCUCGGAAAAUUUCCCCUUCACCACUUAAAUCAUAUGGAUUCUUCAACAUGCUUCGCCUCUGGCGUCUCCGAAGAGUCAGUGCUUUGUUUUCUAGAUUGGAGAAGGACAAGAACUAUAACUAUUUCUGGGUUCGCUGUGCUAAGCUGAUAUGUGUUACGCUUUUCGCUGUUCAUUGUGCUGGAUGUUUCUAUUAUCUUCUUGCUGCUCGGUAUCAUGAUCCCAAAAAGACGUGGCUGGGGGCAACAAUGGGGGAUUUUGAGGAACAGAGCUUGGGGUUGAGAUAUGUGACUACCAUAUACUGGUCUAUUACAACCUUAACGACUGUCGGCUAUGGAGAUUUGCAUCCAGUGAAUUCCAGGGAGAUGAUCUUUGACAUCUUCUAUAUGCUCUUCAACCUGGGAUUAACGGCAUAUCUGAUCGGUAACAUGACCAAUCUGGUCGUCCACUGUACGAGUCGAACCAGAAAAUUUAGGGAUACCAUACAAGCAGCAGCAAGUUUUGCACAAAGGAAUCGAUUACCGGUCCGUCUACAAGAUCAGAUGCUGGCACAUUUGUGUUUGAAGUUCAGAACAGAUUCAGAGGGGUUACAGCAACAAGAGACACUUGAUUCUCUUCCUAAAGCCAUAAGAUCAAGCAUUUCUCAUUAUCUCUUCUAUUCUCUGUUGGACAAGGUUUAUUUAUUUCGUGGGGUCUCUAAUGACUUGCUUUUCCAACUGGUGUCAGAGAUGAAAGCUGAGUAUUUUCCUCCCAAAGAAGAUGUCAUCUUGCAAAAUGAAGCUCCCACAGAUUUCUACAUUCUAGUGACCGGUUCUGUGGAGCUGUUGGUGAUGAAAAAUGGAGUAGAACAAGUUGUGGGAGAGGCAAACACUGGUGAUCUCUGUGGCGAGAUAGGGGUACUCUGUUACAGGCCACAGCUCUUUACGGUGCGAACCAAGCGACUGAGCCAACUUCUUAGGCUGAACCGUACGAUCUUCUUGAACAUCGUUCAGGCCAACGUUGGGGAUGGCACCAUAAUCAUCAACAAUCUCCUCGAGCAUCUCAAGGAUAUGAAGGACCCAAUCAUGGAGGGUGUGUUGGUGGAGACAGAGAACAUGCUGGCUCGUGGAAGGAUGGACCUCCCACUCAGCCUCUGCUUCGCUACUCUCAGAGGAGACGACUUGAUGUUACAUCAGUUGUUGAAACGAGGCUUGGAUCCUAAUGAAUCCGACAACAACGCAAGAACUGCUCUCCAUAUAGCAGCAUCUAAGGGAAGUGAGAACUGUGUCAUGCUUCUGUUGGAUUACGGGGCUGAUCCCAACUUAAGAGAUUGUGAAGGAAAUGUACCACUAUGGGAAGCAAUACUGGGUCGACACCAAUCAGUGGUGAAGUUGUUGGCAGAAAAUGGAGCUUCCUUGAAAUUCGGAGACGUGGGUCAUUUCUCAUGCACUGCAGCAGAACAGAACAACCUUAGCUUGCUCAUGGACAUAGUCCGAUAUGGAGGAGAUGUCACAGUUCCUAAAACCACCACCGGGACCACUGCCCUCCACGUGGCAGUCUGUGAAGCCAACGUUGAGAUUCUCAAGUUCCUGCUGGAGCGUGGGUCCGACAUAGACAAACCAGACAAGGAAGGUUGGACCCCAAGAGAGCUUGCAGACCAACAAGGUCAUGAAGAAAUCAAAGCCAUUUUUGCGUCCACUGGGUGGCCCAAAGCUCAGUCUGUUGUAUCCAUUCCUGAGAGGCAGAGUACGAAGAUCAGGUACCUUGGGAGGUUCACUAGUGAGCCAUCCAUGCCUGUGGCCCCACAAGACGGGCCACUUCUGGGUACUGACAGGUCAUGGGGUGAUCGGAGUCGGCCGAGGAGGAGGACAGAUACUUUCCAUAAUUCCCUGUUUGGGAUUAUGUCGGCUGCUCACAAGGGGGAGAACAUAGAGGAUUUGAUGUUUGGUGUUAAUAAUAAUAAGGUGCAGUUUACAGAUAAUGGAGGAGGAGGAGGAGGAGGAGGAGGUGUUUCUGCUAGAGUUACUAUCACUUGUCCGGAGAAAGGUGAGGUUGGAGGGAAGCUUGUUCUGUUACCUCGGAGCUUCAAGGAGCUGAUUGAGGUUGGUGUUAACAAAUUUGGACUGGUUCAUGAUACUGUGAAGGUUUUGAGCAAAGAUGGGGCUCACAUUGAUGAUAUUGAGGUUAUUAGAGAUGGUGAUCAUCUUGUUUUUGUCUCUGCUGCUGGUAUCACACGUCAAUCCAGCUGCCCAAAAAUAUAAAUGGAUGAUUUACAGGUUUGAUAGGUAUUAUUUGUGAUGACCAAACAGAGGUUAGGUCUACGGAUGAGACUAGUCUUCUGCAGUCUAGUAAACUAAUGUUUGAUUCCUUGUUGAGAAAAGUACCUGCAUUAAAUACUUGAUUAUGUCUUAAAUAAAAUUAUUUUUUAUAAGAGUAUAUUCAUGAGCAAUAAAAAAGAAAAGAAAUUAUUGGUGAUA